CCUAAUGAUCGAAAUUUUGGUAAAAUUAAAACGACGACCAUGAACAUGCACAUUUGGAACAUUGAUUACAAGUGAAAAUUGAUCAUUCCAAAAGCUUAAAAUAGUAUCUACCCCACCACUUGUCCAUAGAAGAGAAGGUCACAUCCCCUGCUGAUGCAAUGGCCAUGGAAAAUAUGGGCAACCGGACUGAGUUUGAUCGGCAAAUUCCAUCGCCCGGAAAGCGGAAGAGAAACAGAUAUGCUCUUAUGUGUGCUAUUUUUGCUUCCACCACUUCAAUCCUACUGGGUUACGAGCAAAGCAUGAAUGGAGGUGAAGCACUAAUAUUCAUCCAACAACAUUUCAAACUCUCCGAUUUCAAGGUGGAAAUUUUUGCGGGUGUCAACAAUAUCUACACCGCCAUCGGAGCCGCUGUUGCAGGUAGAACCUCUGACUAUAUUGGCCGCCGUUACACCAUGGUUCUUGCAGGUUUCAUCUUCUUCGUUGGAGCUUUUCUUAUGGGCUUCGCCAACAACUAUGUCUCCCUCAUGCUCGGAAAAUCCAUCAUCGGACUCGGCACAGGAUACGCUUUAGUUGUAUCCCCCGUCUACAUUACCGAGGUCUCCCCAACUUCGUCUCGUGGCUUCUUCACAUCGUUGACAGAGGUGUUUAUAAACUUUGGCAUAAUGUUGGGGUAUCUCUCAAACUUCCUUUUCUCUAAGCUUCCAAUUCAUCUGGGUUGGUCAUUCAUGGUUGGAAUUGGUAUUUUUCUGUCGAUGUUUUUAGUAGUUGUGAUUUUAAUGAUUCCGGAGUCACCUCGUUGGCUUGUGAUGCAAGGCCAAAUAGGAAAAGCCAAGUGGGUUCUUGACAAAACCUCAGAUUCCAUAGAAGAGGCUGAACGAAGACUCGCAGAUAUCAAAGAAGCUAAUGGAAUACCCUCUGGCUACUCCUCAUAUGAGGUCACUCCCCUUCAAGUCUCAACACGUAGCAACCAAACUAUGAAGAUUUGGAAAGAGUUGUUCCUCCACCCAACACCAUCCAUCCGUCACAUCUUGGUUGCCACCAUAGGACUUCAUGUUUUCCAACAAGCUUCUAUGAUAACCGUUAUUUUUUUUUUUUAUAGCUCCACCAUUGUUAAGCGGUUGGGAAUCAAAUCUAACAAUCAUAUGCUACUGGUGAUUAUAUUGGCUGGAUUCACAAAGACAAUUUUCGUCUUAGUAGCAACAAUCAUGGUGGAUAGAAUUGGACGACGACCAUUGCUUCUCACUGGUGUUGCAGGAAAUAUGAUUUCUCUUAUCAUCCUGGGAUUUAGGCUCACCAAAAUCAACCACCAUUCACAAGUGAAGUUCAGUACAUAUUGGGAUAUAGGAUUAUGUAUUACAAUGAUAUUAUCAUACGUGGCAUUUUUCUCAAUUGGAACGGGGCCUAUCACAUGGGUGUAUACCUCAGAGAUUUUUCCAACAAAGCUACGUGCACAGGGAGUGAGUGCAGGAGUGAUAGUAAAUAGAGUCACGGCGGGUGUGGUUACAAUGACAUUUUUGUCCAUCUCAAAUGCUAUUACUAUUGGUGGGGUGUUUUACUUACAUGCAGCGAUUGCAGCAAUGUCUUGGCUGUUUUUCUACCUCUUGUUUCCCGAGACGCAAGGAAGGAAUCUAGAGGAUAUGGAGGGGCUCUUUGGUUACUUUAAUCCUUGUUCAUUUUUGUUUUCAUGUAGUCCAUAAGUUUCCACGUUGAACAUUCUAAAGUUUGUUUUUUCUUCCUUU